AUGGCCGAAUACUGGAAGUCCGCACCCCGGCACUGGUGCAAGCAGUGCAAGAUCUUCAUCCGCGACACGCCCUUCGAAAAGACGCAGCACGAAGCAAGCGGCAAGCACCAAUCCGCCCUCAAGCGCUUCCUCCGCGAAAUUCACAAGGACAAUGAAAUCAAGACGCGCGAGUCGCAGCGCGCGAAAAGCGAGGUCGAGCGACUGCGCCAGUCCGUUGCCGGGAGUGGCGGUGACUCCAAGGCUGGUGCGCCGUCGCGGAGCGCAGUUCCAACACCCCCAACAGCGCGGAAACAGCCCGAUCGACCCGUCAGCAUAGAAGAGAGGAAGAAACAGAUGGCGCAGCUGGCUGAUAUGGGGAUUGCCGUUCCGCAGGAAUACAGGGCUGAUAUGGCCGUGGCGGGCGACUGGCAGACCAUGUCCGAGACCAAGAUCGAUGACGAGUCGGCCAAGUUGUCGGUCGGCGUGCGUAAGCGCAAGCUGGAGGGGCAGGAGGAAGAGGAAGAGGACGAGCAUGCACCAGAACCGUUUGUGAGCAAGGGCUGGGGCUCGCGGAUGAGAGUGUACCCCGGUGCCCAGGAGGAAAGGGAAGAAGACUUGGAUGCUCUUCUUGCUUCGACGAAGGAUAUCAAGAAGACGAAGACUACGGCGGAGACAGAGAAACCGGCAAAUGAUGCUGCUGGUCCAGAUAAGAAAGGUGAUGGAGAAGCGCACGCGGAUGCGCAGGUCCUGGUCCAGGCUAAGACACCGGGUGGAUCGGAGAUCGUGGAGCAGAAGACCGAAGAGGAGGAGGUGAAGGGAGAAGAGACUGCGCCGGUGUUCAAGAAGCGCAAACCCAAGGUCAUGAGGAGAUAG